AGCUGAUGUCAAUAUGGCACGUUGGACUUUGUCGGCAUUCUUCAUCUGCAACAUCCUCAUCUGGCUUGAGAUCAAUGGACAGGGGUUCAGUAAUCAGGAGUGUGGUGUUGCGCCUUUGAAUGCAAGAAUAGUGGGCGGUGAAGAUGCUAAUCCUGGAUCAUGGCCCUGGCAAGUUAGCUUCCAGCUAUACGUGCCUUCUCUUUUCAGAAUUCACAUUUGUGGAGGGACACUUAUCAGCAACCACUGGGUGCUUAUUUCAGCCCACUGCAUUUUGACAACAAGCACUACACCUUGGAUUAUCUUCAUGGGUACACAGUCUCUGGCUAACACUAGUGUGCAUGAGCAGAACCGCACCAUCUCCCAGAUCAUUGUUCAUCCCAACUACAACCCCACAAUGCUUAACAAUGAUAUUGCCUUGUUGGAGCUCAGUAGCCCUGUCAACUUCACCAACUACAUCAGGCCCAUCUGUCUAGCAAGUAAUGCAAGCGAGUUCCACACCAACACCAGCUGCUGGGUCGUUGGCUGGGGCGACAUCAAUACAUCUAUAUCCUUGCCAUGGCCUUUUCCACUUCAAGAGGUUCAGGUUCCUAUAGUUGGAAACAAUCAGUGCAUUUGCAGCUAUGCUCCGGUGACCAAUGCAAACAUUACUGACAACAUAAUCUGUGCAGGACAACUGGGUAAAGGAGUGUGUCAGGGGGAUGGAGGUGGAGCUCUGCAGUGCAAACAAGGCUCAAUUUGGAUCGAAGCGGGCGUUAUCAGUUUUGCGGUACCCUGUGCGCUGGGGAUCCCCGAUGGUUUUACUCGUGUGUCUAAUUUUCAGUCCUGGAUCAUAUCACAAGUGGGAGAAGGGAACGCUAUCUUCAAGACAUUUGUCUCCAAUGGUACGGAUCCAGAUAACAGCUUUGUUUGUCCCAAACCUCCAAAUGCAACUGCACUGCCAACUGUGACGCUGACAACAAUGGUAAAUACUACAACAAUGGUAAACGCUACAACCAUGGUAAAUGCUACACCAUUGGUAAAUGCUACACCAAUGUUAAAUGCUACACCAAUGGUAAAUGCUACACCAAUGUUAAAUGCGACACCAAUGUUAAAUGCGACACCAAUGUUAAAUGUGACACCAAUGUUAAAUGCUACACCAAUGUUAAAUGUGACACCAAUGUUAAAUGCUACACCAAUGUUAAAUGCUACAACAAUGGCAAAUGCUACAACAAUGGUAAAUGCUACAUCUGCACCCAACACCACCGCCUCUGCUACUGCAGCUACAUUUUCAGUGUUUGCCAUCACCAUGACAAUUUUUCUGCCAUACCUUUAGGUUUACAGUAAAUUUAGCACAGCAAACAUUGAAAAACCUGCAUUAAAACUUGGGCCACAUUAUUGUUGCAAAAAAGCAUAUAUUUUUAAAAUACAUUACUUGUUAAUCAAAAUUAUUUGACAAAAUUACAGAUUUUACAUUGGAUCCUAUUUUCGCCGAAGCACAAUAAUGAGUCCUUGCAGUGAAACUACAAGUUUGGAUUUUUGUGGCACUGAAAUGUCUGAAAUGCUGUAUUUUUUACAUCAGCACGAACCACAGAAUUCACAGCUGGGAGGACACAUGCAAACAUGAGAGUUUCAUCAUGUGGUUCAACAAAGUAAUACUCCAUCUCUUCAGACACAAUCUUCAUUACAACCCUCCCCACCUACCCACAAAAAACCCAAACAAACAAAUAAACCAGAAAGAUCGCCUUAGCCAAACACUGACAAAAUUAAAUUCAUAAUAAAUAAAUAAAUACAUAAAAAUAAAACUCUAUCCCAUCCCAGUCACUCAAAAUGUAUUUUUGCUGCAAAAAUAAGUUUUGUACAGAACAGUAAUGCAUUCACUUGAGAAAAAAAACUUCUUCUGAAUUACCAACUUAGUUACCUCAUUAAUUGAGAAAAAUUGGUGUAUUUAUGAACUAUUAUUAACUGCUUUUCUGAAUUAAUGAGGUAACCAUGUAAGUCAUUAUCAGUGUUGUCAUAGUUACUUUGAAAAGAUACUUCAUUAGUUACAUUGUACAGUUACUUUAUUAGUAGCUGCGGACAACUUGUCAGCAGCUACUGAAUGUUACUAAUAAAGUAACUAGUAAUGUAACUUAGUUAUUUUUAAGAUUGAGUACUCAGAAAAGUAACUAUUGUUACUUUUCUGAUUAGUUACAAUGCUGAUUACUCAAUUUUAACAGCAACCAAUUUAGAUUAUUAGUUACAUUCGGCAGCUGCUAAUAAAGUAACUGUAUAAAGCUGAUAAUGAAGUAACUGUAUAAAGUAACUAAUAAAGUAAUUUUUCAAAGCAACUGUGGCAAUACUGGUCAUUAUUCAAGGAAAGUAAGUAAUUCUGUUUUUUUUUGUUUUCAAGUGAAUGCAUUAUGCUUCUGUGCUUAAACACUUUUAUGUCAUUCACAGGAAAUCUUGUCAGUACUGAUUAGGUUACUGCUGAAAUUCAUGUGCAGCCUCCAUCUUGUAAUAUCAUAAUUCAGGUGCUAGAAAAAAUUGGCCACUAGAUGUCAGUAGACUCUAAUGAGCUGUUAAAUGAGGCUUUGCGUAAUGAACCUUUUGGUGAAGUAAUUGGCUGGAAAGCUUUGAAACAUCAACGAGGCUUAUCUCACUGUCACUACAUCAGACUACUGGUCCAUUCCCACCUCUCAAAAGCAGCCAUCUCUCUGUGGAAGUCAGGUGAAAUGUAGGCAUUCUAUUGGCCUCUUUCAGUUGCCAGGGUCCUUGACACUGAGGCACCACAUUGGCAAAAUGUUGUAGCUGAUAUUCCCACCACAGAUAUCCAUUUGUUGUCUUAAGUCACUGGUUAGCGUCCAAGUUUCACAACCAUACAGUAACACAGGAAGCACCAGGACCAGAAGAUAUCUGCAUUGCCAAACAACUCUGAUUAUGGACCUCAUGGCUCCAUAUGCAAUGCAUAUUAAUGUUAUGGAUACCCCUUUGGGAGUAGAUAAUUUGAUUAGAUUUUGGGGAUAUUCUAUACAUAAAACUGAAUAUGAGCGUAGGGUACAGCUAAAUUAGUUCUACACAGCAGAGACAUCAUAUAGUAGUAUAGUACAGUAGAAACAUACCUCGACCAUCAUGUUCCUGCAAGGAUAUCAGCAUCACCAAACACCUCUGUCCAGCGAGCAUAUGCCAACAUGAGAUCUUCCUGCUUACUCUUCUCUCGAUCUCAAGGUCGAGAACCCAUGAGACAUGAAUAUCACUGCCAAGAUAAGUGACAGUCUUUCCAAGUUUGAUACUUUCGCCACUUACAGAUACACUUUUGCUGACCAAAUCCAGUAAGUCAUUGAAGGCCCAGAUCUUAGUCUUGCUCCAAAAACAUUUGCAAAACCAAACACACUGAUUCCUCACUCAGCUUCUCAAGUGCUGCCAUCCAGGCAGCCUUUGAUUGUGCAAAGAUUACAGGUUCAUACACAAAGUCAAGGUCAGUAAACCUUUCAUUGCCAACAAAAUUGUCAUUGUCACCUAAGCCACUGGUUUGUACAACCCUCCCCAACAGCCAGCCCAUAUAAGCACUGAACAGAGUAGAAGCAACACAGAAGUCAAACAGCAUUUGGGGCCCUGCAUAUAACACUUUUCCUUAACUUUAUGGCAAAACAAAUGCAGCAAAAUCAGGUAUUAAAGCCACACUCUGUGACUGGAUGCAAACUUGCAGUUGCUGUCAAUUUGUGCUUCAGAACCAUCUAAAUAACAACUUUAUUUCCUGGAGAAGAGUUUCUUUAUUUUGUGAAAUUACUGACAGAAUCUGCUAUCACUAGUGCAGUAAUUUAAAAUAAUAAUAAUAAUAAUGAUAAUCUAUUUGACAAAUAGUGUUGUUUGCUCGAUAGGGCAAUCAUCUGCAAGUGAUUUAGCACCAGGUUCUCCACAAACAGGAGUUGCGUGGGAGGAGAGGGGCGGCCGCAUAUCCGGCCGCGCCCCAGUCCAGUCACGAGCGGCUCUGCUCACCGGGCCCCCCCCGCGCGGGAGGCCCACCUAUCAGGGGCCAACCGAAAAUCCACGGCGCUUCGGUAUCGCUUCGUCUA